AUGUUCAUAAAACAGUGCAUUAUAAACUACCACUUGGUGGCCAAUAUCCGAGACUCCUUCUGCAAUAAUGUGACAAAUUUCAGAAUAAAUAAAGCGAACAAUGUUAUGCACUUGGCGAAAGAUUAUGCAAAUGAUCUGAAUUUGAAAAGAAUAAGCAAUAUAAAAAACUUAAGUAAUGUAGGCAGUGCAAGAAAAGUAAGAAAUGUAAGUAAUAUAGAAAGUGCAAAAAAAGUAAGAAAUGUAAGUAAUAUAGAAAGUGCAAAAAAAGUAAGAAACACCAGAAGCGUUAGCAAUAUCUUUUUCCUGCACAAGAACAUGAAUUACACCAAAAGUUUUCAUGGAGAGAAAAACAGGAAUACUAACUCGCCCCGUGAGUUGGAAAUGAGCAAGAGGGAAUGGACGACGUGUACGUCAAUGAAUUACAGCAGGUGGAAAGCACGAUUGUUCUCGAGUAUUAAAUGGGAUAAUAACAAAGGUGGAUGUGAAAAUGGAAAAGAAACAGAUGUUGGGAUGGAUGAAGGGAAAGAGUUCAAAACACAUAUGAAUCGAGCUCAGGAAACUAUUUUGAAGUUAAGAAAGAGUUUGAGAGAGUCAUUUGAGAAAAGGAUUAACAGAAAUGUAGAUGGAGUAUCGAUAAAAGAUAUUUAUAAUAUUUUGAAGAAGGAGAGAAAUUAUUUAGCAGUGGCCCUUCUAUGUUUGUUAAUAUCAUCUUUAGGGCAAAUGUUUUUCCCCAUGUGUAUAAGUAAAAUAAUAAAUAUGUAUGGAGGAAAAGAAGAAUCAUUAAAAUAUGUAAUGAAUGAAGUGUACAAAACAGUAUUUUUAAUAAUAGGUAUAUCUACGUUCAGUUUUUUUCGUAUAUAUUUUAUCGAAACAUCUAUUGAACAAAUAACAAGAAGGUUAAGAAAUGACUUGUUUGAAAAUAUACUAAACCAAAAAUUGUCUUUUUUUGAAAAACAGAGAACAGGUGAAUUAAUAAAUAGACUAUCCAACGAUAUUGAAGUAUCUUCAAAAUUAUUAAUUCAUAUAUCUUUUGGGAUUCGAAAUUUUAUAGCAGCAAUAGUUGGAGGAAUAUGUGCAUUACAUAUAUCUCCAAGCAAACUGUUUCAACCUUUUUUACUUCCUGUCACUGCUUCUUUACUAAUUGGUACAACAUAUGGAAAAAUAGUAAAACAAAUUAGCAUUUUAAAACAAGAAAAAUUAAGUAAUUGUGUUGAUUUUGCAUCAGAAAAAAUUCAUAAUAUUAAUAAUGUCAGAUUACUCAAUGGAGAAGCCUUUGAAAAAAAAGAAUUUAAAAAUUAUUUAAAUGAAGUAUACAAAGCAGGUACUAAAUAUUCUUUAGUCAAAGCUGGAAAUCAUUUUAUGUUUGUUAGUAUCAUAUCCCUUUUCUUGCUACAUUUAAUUUAUUAUGGAAAUUAUUUAAUAGCUAAUAAGUAUAUAAAUACAGGAGAUUUAUUUUCUUUAAUUAUGUAUUCAUUAUUUUGUGGCAGUGGUAUACAGGGAGUCAUGCAAUCGAUUGGUGAUUUGCAGAAAUGUAUAGGUUCUUGUUCAAAGGUCUUACAGAUGAUUAAUUUACCGAAGAGUGAGUUCAAUGAACCAUGGUCUAAGGACACAAUUCAUUUUCUUAAAAGUGAGGAUUACUCUAUCAAAUUUGACAACGUUUCUUUUUCCUACAGUACUGAUGAAAAAAUUUAUGAGUACGAUAUUCCUACAGAUCCUAGUAGUAGCAUUAGCCCCAACAGUAAUCUUAGUAAUAUUCAAAAUAAUGUUAAAAAUAAUUAUGCCUUGAAAAAUGUAAGUUUUUUUUUACCACACAAUAAAUCGGUUGCAAUUGUUGGUAAAAGUGGAAGUGGAAAAACAACCAUUCUAAAUCUAUUGUCCAAAAAAAAUGCACCAAAUUCAGGAAACAUAUUAAUAGGAAAUUUUAAGAUCGAGAAAAUAAACUCAUCUGCUUUGAGGUAUAUCCAAGGGGUUAUUACACAAAACCCAUUUUUAUUUAAUUCAUCUAUUAAAGGUAAUUUAUUAUACCCACAAAAGGCAUAUGAACAAAUGUUGAAGGAACAAAUGGUAUUAAUUGAGGAGGCUAAAAAUUCCAAAAAGUAUAAUAAAAAAAGAAAGAAAAAUAAUUCGUUAAAUAAUACCAAAACGAUGGAUAAUAAUAUGACAUUUCAGAAUACCACUUUAGCACAAGAAAUGGAAAUUGAUGACCUCACAGAAAUACACAACUACAUAUCAAAGGAAAUACAAAAUGUGCAAGAAAAUUCUAAAAAAAUAACACCAAAUAUUUUGCAAGAUACAUAUAAAGAUUUUCAUAUUCAUGAUUUCUUAAGUAAACAUACAAAUUACGAUGAUAUUCAUGUUGGUGUUAAUGGGUCCUUUUUAUCCGGUGGUCAAAAGCAAAGAGUUUAUCUUGCACAAAAUUUACUUAAGAAUAAUAAAAUUUUAAUUUUGGAUGAACCCACGUCUUCCCUGGAUAAGCUUUCAGAAAAUAUAAUAAAUGAAGCAUUACUUAAAUACAUGAAAGGGAAAACAUCGAUUGUGUUUACGCACAGACUCGAUUUGCUAAACUUUGUCGAUUAUAUUGGUGUGCUUAAUGAUGGAUGUAUGGUACAGUUUGAUUUGCGAACCAAGGUGCUUCAAAACCCUUGCGAUGUUCUGAGGCAGAUUCUGAAUCAGAGUGCAUUCUGA